CCCUACAUUUCUGCCUAUUUUAUUCUCUGUGUUGCAUGUAUGUGUGUGGGGCUUCGCCUGGGCUGUGUAAUGAUAAACGCUGCAUUUGCGUUGUGUUUCUUGCAGUUUGUACCGAACGGAAGCAGGGGGGAACACAGCAUCCUGAAGUAUCACAGUCAGGCGAAUUUCAUAUUUUGGACAGGAUUUUAGAGUACCAGGUCCUGCACUAUGUCUGCCAAGACAGCAGGGGUCGCCACCAACGAUGUCACGCACUUCCUGUCCAUGGGGGCGGGGCCUGCAUCCCCUACCUCAGUUUUCUCCGCUUCAAGCCAGGCUGACUGGGCAGCUAAGAGGCUGGUGUGGGUUCCCUCGGAGAAGCACGGCUUUGAGGCGGCCAGCGUGCGGGAGGAGCGCGGGGAUGAGGUGGAAGUGGAGCUGACGGACAGUGGCCGGCGGGUGACGCUGUCCCGUGAGGAGGUGCAGCGCAUGAACCCGCCACGCUUCAGCAAGGUGGAGGACAUGGCUGACCUCACCUGCCUGAACGAGGCCUCCGUGCUACACAAUCUGAGGGAGAGAUACUACUCCGGCCUCAUCUAUACCUACUCGGGACUCUUCUGUGUGGUCAUCAACCCAUACAAGAACCUACCCAUCUACACCGAGUCCAUCGUAGAGAUGUACCGGGGCAAGAAGCGCCACGAAAUGCCCCCGCACAUUUAUGCCAUCUCUGAGGCUGCGUACCGAAGCAUGCUGCAAGAUAGAGAAGAUCAGUCCAUACUGUGCACGGGUGAGUCGGGAGCCGGGAAGACGGAGAACACAAAGAAGGUGAUCCAGUACUUGGCUCAUGUGGCGUCAUCGCACAAGACGGGCACGCUUGGCAGAAGCAAGGACACGACGGAUAGCUCCAAAGCUGCCCAGAGGGCCACUGCAAUGCUCGGCAGGAGCGAACAGUAUGGGGAGCUGGAGAGGCAGCUUCUACAGGCCAAUCCCAUCCUGGAGGCUUUUGGCAACGCUAAGACCGUCAAGAAUGACAAUUCUUCUCGAUUUGGUAAAUUUAUCCGCAUCAAUUUUGACGUGGCGGGGUACAUCGUCGGAGCCAAUAUCGAGACCUAUCUCCUGGAGAAGUCCCGCGCCAUCCGGCAGGCCAAGGACGAGAGGACCUUCCACAUCUUCUACCAGCUCCUCUGUGGCGCCUCUGAGAGCAUGAGAGCGGACCUGCUCCUGGCCGGUGCUGAUCAGUACCGCUUCCUGAGCGGUGGCUCAAUCCCGGUGCCGGGGCAGAGCGACGCCGAGAACUUCACACAGACGAUGGAUUCCAUGACCAUCAUGGGCUUCACCAAGGAGGAGGCGCUGGCCAUGAUGAAGGUGAUCUCGGCUGUGCUGCAGUUCGGAAACGUCUCCUUCCACAAGGAGAAGAACUCAGACCAGGCCUCCAUGCCGGACGACACGGCGGCCCAGAAGCUGUGCCACCUGCUGGGCAUCAGCGUGCUGGAGUUCACACGCGCCAUCCUCACGCCCCGCAUCAAAGUGGGCAGGGAGUACGUGCAGAAGGCGCAGACCAAGGAGCAGGCCGAUUUUGCCGUGGAGGCUCUGGCCAAAGCUACAUAUGAGCGCCUCUUCCGCUGGCUGGUCCACCGGAUCAACCGGGCCCUGGACCGCCGGCAGAGGCAGGGAGCCUCCUUCAUCGGUAUCCUGGACAUCGCUGGGUUCGAGAUCUUUCAGCUGAAUUCGUUCGAGCAGCUGUGCAUAAACUACACCAACGAGAAGCUCCAGCAGCUCUUCAACCACACCAUGUUCGUGCUGGAGCAGGAGGAGUACCAGAGGGAGGGCAUCGAGUGGAACUUCAUCGACUUUGGCUUGGACCUACAGCCCUGCAUUGACCUCAUAGAACGGCCUGCUCACCCACCAGGGGUGUUGGCUCUGCUGGACGAGGAGUGUUGGUUCCCGCGGGCCACGGACCGCUCCUUUGUGGACAAGCUGUCCGGGGAGCAGGGCUCACACCCCAAGUUCCACCGGCCCCGGCAGCUGAGACAGGAAGCUGACUUCUCCAUCAUCCACUAUGCUGGGAGGGUGGACUACAAAGCAGAUGAGUGGCUUGUGAAGAACAUGGACCCUUUGAAUGACAAUGUAGCUUCACUUCUUCAUCAGUCCUCUGAUCACUUCAUCUCUGAGCUGUGGCGUGAAGAUAUUCAGACUCUUCCUCGUGUUUACUUUUUCGACUCCUACGCCACUCUUCAGACCAAUGGCUCUGACAGUGGAGCAGUGGAGAGGAUUGUGGGCCUGGACCAGGUCUCAUCCGGGGGUCUGGGCGAAGGGGCCGGGGCGGUAGCCUUUGGAGCAGCAGGCUUGAAGACCAAGAAGGGCAUGUUUAGGACAGUGGGGCAGCUCUAUAAGGAGUCGCUGACCAAGCUGAUGGCAACACUGAGGAACACCAACCCCAACUUCCUGCGCUGCAUCAUCCCCAACCACGAGAAGAGGGCGGGAAAGCUGACCCCCCACCUGGUUCUGGAUCAGCUCCGAUGUAAUGGGGUCCUGGAGGGCAUCCGCAUUUGCAGACAGGGUUUUCCGAACCGCAUCCCAUUCCAGGAAUUCAGGCAGAGGUAUGAGAUCCUGACCCCCAACGCCAUCCCGCGCACCUUCAUGGACGGCAAGCAGGCCUGUGAGCUCAUGAUCAGUGCCCUGGAACUGGACCAGAACCUUUUCAGGGUGGGUCAGAGCAAGGUGUUCUUCAGAGCUGGGGUUCUGGCCCACCUAGAGGAAGAGCGGGAUCUGAAGAUCACGGACACCAUCAUCCGCUUCCAGAGCGUGGCCAGAGGCUACCUAGCGAGGAGGGCGUUCCUAAAAAAGCAGCAGCAGCUCAGUGCCCUGAGGGUCAUGCAGAGGAACUGUGCUGCCUACCUCAAGCUGAGGAACUGGCAGUGGUGGCGACUCUUCACCAAGGUGAAGCCCCUCCUGCAGGUCACACGCCAGGAUGAAGAGAUCCAGGCUAAGGAGGCCGAGCUUCAGAAGGCGAAGGACAAACUGUCCAAAGUGGAGCAGGACUUUGGUGACCUGGAGAGGAAACAUCAGCAGCUGAUUGAGGAGAAGGCAGUGCUCGCAGACCAGCUCCAGGCAGAGGCGGAGCUCUUUGCGGAGGCAGAGGAGAUGAGAGCGAGGCUGGCCAGUAGGAAACAGGAAUUGGAGGAAGUGCUGGGUGAACUUGAGGGGCGCCUGGAGGAGGAGGAGGAGAGGGGUGUACAGCUGACCAAUGAGAAGAAGCGGCUGCAGCAGAACAUUCAGGACCUGGAGGAGCAGCUGGAGGAGGAAGAGGCAGCCCGACAGCGCCUCCUGCUGGAGAAGGUAACGCUGGAGACAAAGGUGAAGAGUCUGGAGGCGGAGACCCUGAACCUCAGCGAGCAUAGAGAUCGGCUCAACAAGGAGAAAAAGCAGCUUGAGGAGCGACUGAGCGAAGUGACAGACCAGCUGACAGAAGAGGAAGAGAAAGUGAAGAGCCUGAACAAACUAAAGAACAAGCAGGAAGCGGUCAUCGCCGAUUUGGAGGAGCGGCUGAAGCGGGAGGAGCAGGGCCGGAUGGAGCAGGAGAAGUGGAGGCGCAGGAUGGAGAAUGAGGCCGUGGAGGCGCAGGAGCAGCUAUCUGAGCUGGGUCUCCUGUCGGCUGAGCUGAGGGGGAGUUUGACCCAGCGGGAAAAGGAGAUCACUACCCUGCAGGGCCGGCUAGAGGAGGAGGGGGCCCGACGGGCAGAGGCACAGAGAGCCCUGCGGGAAGCCAUGUCGCAGGUGUCAGAGCUCAAGGAAGAGGUGGAGAAUGAGCGGGGGAUGAGGGAGAGAGCAGAGAAACAGCGGCGCGACCUGGGGGAGGAGCUGGAGGCUCUGCGGACCGAGCUGGAGGACACACUGGACACCACGGCUGCCCAGCAGGAGCUGAGGUCCCGCAGGGAGGCGGAGCUGGGGGAGCUACAGCGCUGCCUGGAGGAGGAGACGCGGCGUCACGAGGCCCAGCUGUCCGAGCUGCGCGUGCGCCACUGUGCAGCCAUCGACUCGCUGCAGGAACAGCUGGAUAACAGCAAGCGGUCACGCCAGUCGCUGGAGAAGGCCAAGGCAGUCCUGGAGGAGGAGAGGAGCAGCCUGAGUGGGGAGCUGAAGACGCUGCAGGGCAGCAGGAUGGAGAGUGAGCGGGGCAGGAAGAGGGCGGAGGGCCAGCUGCAGGAGCUGAACGCCCGGCUAGCGCAGAGCGAGCGGGAACGGGAGGAGCGGGAGGAGCGGCUACACAAGCUGCAGUCUGAAAUAGAGUCGCUGUCCGCCUCUCUCUCCGCGUCUGAGUCCAAAUCCCUGCGACUCAGUAAGGAGGUCAGCAGCCUGGAGAGCCAGCUCCACGACGCCCAGGAGCUCCUGCAGGAUGAGACGCGGCAGAAGCUGGCCCUGGGCUCACGGGUGCGAGGGCUGGAGGAAGAGCGGGCCGGGCUGAUGGAGAGAGUGGAGGAGGAAGAGGAGCGAGUGAAGGAGCUGAACAGGCAGAUCCAGACUCACACGCAGCAGCUGGCUGAGCUGCGUCGGCAACUAGAUGAGGUGAACACGGCGGCGGAGGCAGGAGAGGAAUGCCGGCGAAAGCUGCAGCGGGAGCUGGAGGGCGCAUGCCAGCGGGAGCGGACGCGGGAGGAGGAGAAGGACCGGGCGGAGCGGCAACGGGAGCGUCUCCGUGAGGAGAUUGAGGACAUGACCGUGGCCCUGCAACGCGAGAGGCAGAACUGCACCAUGCUGGAGAAGAGGCAGAAAAAGUUCGACCAGUGCCUGGCGGAUGAGAAAGCCGUCAGCGCCCGGCUGGCUGAGGAGCGGGACCGAGCGGAGGCAGAGAACCGCGAGAAGGAGACGCGCACCCUGUCCCUGUCCCGCGCCCUGCAGGAGGCCACUGACCAGAAGGAGGAGCUGGAACGUGUCAAUAAGCAGCUGAGGCUCGACAUGGAGCAGCUCGUAAAUGCCCAGGACGACGUGGGCAAGAAUGUCCAUGAGCUGGAGCGGUCUCGUCGGAGCCUGGAAACGGAGGCGCAGUCCCUCCGAGUGCAGACCCAGGAGCUGGAGGAGGAGCUUGCCGAGGCAGAGAACUCGAGGCUGAGGCUGGAGGUGACACUGCAGGCCCUGAGGGCGCAGUUCGAGAGGGAGAUCAGCAGCAAGGAGGAGAAGGGCGAGGAGAAGAGGAGGGCACUUAGCAAGCAGGUCCGAGAGCUGGAGUCACAGCUGGAAGAGGAGCGCAGCCAGAGAGCGCAGGCUGUAUCCGUCAAGAAGCAACUGGAGGCGGAGCUACAGGAGGCAGAGGCACAGGUGGAGGCGGCCACUCGCGGCAGGGAGGAGGCGCAGAGGCAGCUGCGACGUUUGCAGACCCAGAUGAAGGAUGUGCUGCGGGAACUUGACGAGACGAAGCUGGCCCGUGAUGAGGUGGUCGCCCAAUCUAAGGACAGCGAGAAGCGGCUGCAGGCCCUGGAGGCGGAGCUACUGCAGCUAACGGAGGAACUGGCCAACGCAGAGAGGAUAAGGAGACAGGCUCAGCAGGAGCGGGACGAAAUGGCUGAUGAGAUACUCAACAGCUCCACUGGAAAAUCCGCACUGUGUGAUGAGAAGCGGAGGCUGGAAGUGAGAGUGACCCAGCUGGAGGAGGAGCUGGAGGAAGAGCAGAGCAAUGCGGAGAUGCUGGCGGAACGGCACAGGAAGACUGUCCUCCAGGUGGAGACCCUGACAGUGCAGCUUGCCGGGGAGCGCACCCUGACGCAAAAGAGUGACAGCGCCCGGGAGCAGCUGGAGAGGCAGAACAAGGAGCUGAAAGUCCGACUGGGGGAGAUGGAGGGAGCCUUGCGAGGAAAACACAGACUCAGUGUCGCCGCCCUGGAGGCCAAGAUUGAUGCCAUGGAGGAGCAGCUGGAGCAGGAGAGACAGGAGCGGGCAGUUGCCAACAAGCUGGUGCGCAAGACCGAGAAGAAGUUGAAGGAGGUACUGAUGCAGGUGGAGGAUGAGCGGAGACAUGCUGACCAGUACAAGGAGCAGCUGGAGAAGUCCAUGGGCCGUCUCCGGCAGCUGAAGAGACAACUGGAGGAGGUGGAGGAGGAGAACUCACGCACCAAUGCACAGCGACGCAAACUGCAGCGGGAGCUGGAGGAAAUGACGGACAGCAGUCAGAGCAUGACCAGGGAGAUCGCAGCCCUGCGCAACCAACUCAGCGCCACAGAGCGGAGAGAUGAGAAACGCGCCCCCCUCCCUCUCUCCCUGCGUGCUGCCCGUCGGCCGCUGGUGGACGACCUCUCCCUAGAGAACUCCGAUUCUGAGGAGCCCCCCGCCUCCCCCUCCCCAUCCACCGGCCUCCCGGCCACACCUACGCCCUCUGAGCACAGCCUGGAGCCCCAGCUCCCGUAUGGCCUGACAGAGUCGGAGUGAAGGGGGGCACUGGGGGUGCUCUACGGCCAAUGGACGGACCCACCGACUCACUGACUCAAGGUGCCCCCCAUGGCGUCGGUGCUGAGUGUGGGGGAAGAUCAGGCAAAGAAGAAAAUCUCCAGGAGCAGACAGACAGAAGGAAGGGCACAUUACACUGACUGACUGGACAUUAAACAUCAGAAUGAAGAACUGCUGCACUGAGAGAGAGAGAGAGAGAGACAGACUAAGAACUUUUAUUUUGAAAGGGGGAAAAAAAGAUCCCAGUAUACACUGGGAGGCCUAACCAAUUAGCAAAUCUCUUUUAGUAUAUCCUGCUUAAUGUGACAGUGUGUGUACCAUGAUGGUUAUUCAAAAUAAGUGUUUUUUUUAUUUAAAAGCCAGGUUUGGUUGAGGCAUUUUGCAUGAGCUUGCAAAAACAAAGGUGACAGAAACGAAGGAAAAUAAUGAAGGACGGGUAACUUUAUUUGUAAACGUUGAAAAAUCCCACUGAUUCUGCAAGUAAGAGAUGCACCCUUACUGCCUGCGGUAAUAAUAUUAAUAUGCUCUGGUACUUUUUUUAUGAAAACCGCUUUGACUCGCUCACAUUCUAAAAAGCAGGGUACUGUAAAGUCACCACUUCAGAUGCGCUCACCCUGAUUGAGGUAGAUGUCCUUCACCCAGGGUUUGAUGAGAGCGAGCAGGGAUGAGUCAGUGUGAAAUGCAACAUUUUGAGUGUUGACCUGAAUACAUUUUACCUGAAAGUAAACCUUUCUUAGAAUACCUACACUUUAAUGUGAGAAUCUCACCACUAGCAUAAAAAUGCAACCUUGGUCCGCUGUUUUAUCUUCCACCAGGAACAGUUUUUUUUUUUGUUGCAAUAAUUAGUCUAGUAUUUUAAUCAUAUUUCUUUCAAUUAUUGACUAUAUCUAAUGGUUUCUUACAAAAUGACUCAAUUUACACACACACACACACACAUAUAUAUAUAUAUAUAUAUAUAUAUAUAUAUAUAUAUAAGUGUUUUGGAGGAAAAUGCCUAACCCUACAUAGUCUGCGUAAUGAGGCCUGUGGAUUACAGUGAAGACCAACGUGAAACUGCAGUGUGUAGAUAGACUCAUGGUUUACAAGCUGAUCAGAAUUAAAAACACUUUCAUGAUGCACAUGUAGGUUGUUUUAAUGAGAUUUUAACAGGUGAAUUCCUUCUCUGUGUAGUGCCGUGCUCUGUGUCCAGGUGCUGACAUGAAGCUCUCUUAUGUGAUAGAUAACAUGCAUCUAGGUAAACACACUUUGCUUACUUAGCACUUUUGUUAUAUUGUUACUUUUGUUACUAUAUAAACAGGCUUUCCUUGCUUAGCACUUUUGUUACACUGGUUCAGUUACAGUUGAAAUAUUAAUGUCACAGCUGAUCGUCUCCUUUAUUUACUGGUUAGUAUGUUGUUUGCCUUCAUACAGUACAGGUGUUUCUUCUCAAACACAGUCAUGGUGAUCUCAUAUUUCACCUGGUCUUUAGCCUUGAUUUUUGACCAGAAACUCUAGGAAAGCGCUUUAGGGGUCUGAGCGCUUAGGAGAAUGGAGUCCUGUUUGAAAUGCAUAUUAAAGAUAAUUGCACUGACCAAGCCGCUUUGGGUGACAUAAAGUCGUAGGUUAAUAUAUUAGCGCUGUUUUUUCUGAAGGCCAGACUACAGAAAAAACUGGAAGAUUUAAAAUAGUCUUAAUCCAGAAAAGGCGGGAAAUGAGAGAACCUCCAUUUUUACUGCUGAUCUUUCUCAGUAUACUCGUAUCAGAACCACUGGCAGCAUUUCAACAGCGGAAAUAUUGUGCGAUGUCUAUUUUAGUGGUUGUGUAAAGUGUUUGUUAAUGGACGCUCAGUGUUUUCCAAAUGGAGCGAAUAUUUACGUUAUCAAAAUUUAGGAUAUAUUUAAUACAACCAAAUUUAGCAAAUAAUGAAAAGCAUUUCCAAGAGUGACGUGAAGGGUAAAAAUGUACUUCCUCUGGUAUCUGGAGGUUUUCGCCUCAGACAUUUUUUAGGUCAUCUGAAGUGCUCUACGUCGUAUUUCUGUAACUUUAUACAAGUGGUACAUGACAAACCGAGUAGUGUUUGAAGCAGAUAUUUACUGUUUGAUGAAAUGUAUUAAUCAGGGUUUCAGCUGUUCUAAUAUGCAGUAAAUAUAUAUAGCGAAGAAACCUACAAUGAAUCUUAAGAAAGGUUUCAGUAUAUAAAAAAGUUUCUUAAUUAGCUCCCCAGUCAGAAUUUACGUCCAUGGCAAACGAUCAUAAUUCACCUAACUGGCUUAAUCCAUUUGCAGAUCAUUUUCAUAGUCUCAAAUUCAGCAUUUUUUACCCCACCCCACCCCCAAAUCCUUCUCCGUUAUAUUAUUUAUGUUGUACAGAUCCUCCUUCUGUCACCGAUUGUAUGGACAGACAGAGAGAGAGAGAGCCACCCCUCUACGUCUUUCACGUUGUAUUGCAAGCAUAACUGGGGUGCAGUCAGAACGUUUUUAAAAAACCAGAUUAACCUCACACCCCCUCUAAGAAACAGAGGGAAUAUCCUGGGGAUGUAUAUACUGUGCCCUUAUAUAACGGGCACGACUCAUUGCAACUUUGCAGUUAACUUAUCGUACAAGGAUGGUGCUUCGGUAUUAUUACCGUGAUUUAGGCUUACUUGGAAUGCUCUCAGCGUUUUACUUAUUCUGUGGCACUCUGUUUACUUUCUGUGUAAAAAAUUUUGGGAGAGGGUUCAUGUGGAAAAUUAUUCAAAAAGUAUUCCUCUUUUAAUUCAUUUUACAAAUUGCAAUGUUUCUCCUGUGUACCUUUAUGAAUAUUUAUUUGAACUUGAACGACGACACGGACAUAACAUGAAAUAAUGUUUCUAGUAAAUGUGCACUUUAUAUUCCAGUAGAUGGCAACAAAAUCCAGCCGUUCACCCUCUCCGGCGUGUUUGGCUUUCAGCCGUGCUCUGCAAGCCAACUGUUUGUUUUAUGAAUUCAUAUGCUUACAAAUUCUCAUUAAAUUCUAAACCCUUUGUCCUAAUAAAACAUUUUUGAUUUCCAGAUACUUCUAUACUUCUGAUGUGCAUCAGAUAUUGUUUUAUGUUUUAUUAAACAUCAAUCUAAUUAAUUUUA